CUGUUGACAUUAUUUCUUUCUUUCUUUUUUCUUCUUUUAUGGCCCAUUCUAAUUCAGAUGAUUCUAAACGGAACCGACUUUGCAUAUUUACGCUGAAACCGCCUCCGGUGUGUUCCCAUGUUAAUCACUGGACUGGAUGAACUCGUUUUCUCUCUCUUUAUACACUCAGGUCUCGCCCAUCUGAUUCCUUUUCGAGGAAGCACUGCUUCACAGAGUGAAGAUGCAGAUUUUUGUGAAAACCCUGACAGGAAAAACUAUCACUCUUGAGGUGGAGCCCAGCGACACCAUCGAGAAUGUUAAAGCCAAAAUCCAGGACAAGGAAGGUAUCCCUCCUGAUCAGCAGCGUCUCAUCUUUGCUGGGAAGCAACUGGAGGAUGGACGGACGCUGUCAGACUAUAACAUCCAGAAAGAGUCGACUCUCCACCUCGUGCUCCGUCUGAGAGGGGGAAUCAUCGAACCGUCAAUGAGAAUGCUGGCUCAGAAGUACAACUGCGACAAGAUGGUCUGCCGCAAGUGCUACGCUCGCCUGCAUUCACGCGCCACCAACUGCCGCAAGAAGAAGUGUGGGCACUGCAGCAACAUCAGGCCCAAGAAGAAGCUGAAGUGAACGGCUGAAUUCACUCAUUGCCAGUGUUCUGGCCAAAGCUGAAUUGAUAUUGCUCUUAUUUGCGAGUAAUAUAUUGCCUUGUAUCACAGUAGUAAGUAAUAUAUUACUUUCAAAUAUUAUCAAUAAAUAAUUUUGACAAUAA